AUGUCACCAAGGACUAAAUCACCAGAUAAUUCAUGUGGAGAGGCAAUUACACGUGGAGUGGUGGAUUUAAUUGAAUCUAAUUUACCAAAAGAAUUAGUUAAUUUAUCACAAAAGGCAACACAAGGAAUACUUCAAUCACGUAUAUCUGGAUAUGAAGAAUUUUUAACAAAUAUAAAGAAUUUAUUCAUGGAAAAUCCAUUGUCUGAACAUCAAUAUCUAUGGUUAGAAUCAAUUCAUAGAUUAGCUUCAAUUUUACUUAAAUUGAAAAUAUCCUUCAGUGAUUUAUAUUUACAUUUACAACCUCAUGAAAUUGAAAAUAUUGCCAAUCAAGCUAUACCAAUGGGUAAUAAAUUAUUUGAAUUUACUAAUGAAUUAAGUCAAUUAUUUAAUGAGUUUUUCUCUAAUCUGUCUAAAAUUCCAAACAUUUUCCAAUCAAAAGCACGUCAAUUGAUUCUGAUUGUGUUAGAUAUGUUACUUGUUGAUGAACUUGAAGAGUCAGGUUUCACCAAUAUUGCUAGUAGCAUGUUACAACUGAUUCAAUUGUUUUUAUUAAAUUAUAGAGCAAAUAUCACUAUACUUGUACAAUUCAGUGAAGCAGUUUAUAAAUUAGGGAUGUCACCUUUAAUAAUCCCAUUAUUGGAUGAUUUUAAUCCAGAAACUCCAAUGGAGUUAAUAAAUAAUGGUGGAAUCAACCUAGCUGAUAUAAUGAAUUAUUAUCGUUAUACCGCAUUCAAUUUAGUUUCAUUAUCAAUGGAUAAUGAUAGAAAAUAUAACAAGUUGGCAGAAGUGUACUUUAGGAUUUUGUUACGUUUUCCAAAUUUAAGUGUGUCUUUAUAUUGUUCUGAAGAAGAAGAAAAACCCACUGAAGGAAAUGAUAAAAGAGAUCAAUUUAUAAUUAAUUUGCCAGAAAGACAGGAGCUUUCAUUGAUGUAUGUUUUGAAUUAUCUUUUAUCAUUAAACUCAUUAAGAAAAUUAAUUGAAACUUCACCAUUAUACAAGGACGAAUUGAAAUUUUUAGUUAAAAGCUUAUCAUCGUGUCUUUCUAAAGAUAUCGAUCAAUUGGCUUCUCAACCUGGAAGUACCCGUUCAAGUAUGGUUUCCAUUCCUCAAUUUACUAAUGAAAUUGAACGUAAAAUUGCAUUGGAAAAGAAAUUUACCAGUAAAUCCAAAUUCUCCUCAUUAGGUGGCGUUAUUCUACAUGGUUCAUAUAAGGAAAAGUUGAAAUUGGUGGUGAAUUUUGGUGAGGUCUUUGAUACUCCAAAUACAAAACUCUCAACGAUUAUUGAGAAAUUGUCAACAAAUAUCAUCAUUGAGUCAAAUAAAGUAAUUGAGAAAUUGGUAAUUGCUAUAUCAACAAUAGUUUCUAAUUUAAAUAGUUUGAGUUAA